AUGGUUCCCAAGCAGAGCGUCCUUGUCGUCCUGUGCGGUCUAACGCUCGUAUCGGCGCAGAAUUUUACCGCACCAGUUCCCUCUUACACGGCGACAUAUCUUCCUACGAACGUCCCCAAUAAGACGGAGCAGGGUCAAUUGGGUUACAACAACGUUCGUAAAACCUUCCCAUUACUUUCUGGAGGUUUUUCGCUUAUAUCGCUACAGUGUGGGAACAGCAGCUCGCAGGAUAGUUUGUGCCAAGACAGUUAUCUCAAUGCUUGGAAUGAUUUUUGUGUCUGGGCUCCACCUUCCAACACAUCUUCUUUUGGGAAUUCCUCCAUUGGAAACACGGAACGUUUUGUCGUGUCUUGGUGCUUGAAGAGUGGAUAUGGAACGCGGCUCAUCCCGAAAGAUACAGUGACUGGUGCUCAUUUCGUCAUCACACCAAAUUACGUCCAGAUUACCGGUGUCGGAAGGCUCACGUCUAUGAACAUCCCCGAUGGUGACGAGGGUGGAGAACUUGAUCCUCAUGGUUCCGAUGGCCUUGGUAACCCAAUUGGUGGCCUCUUCUUUGGAAGUGCUAAUAAGGGCGUGAUGCGGCAAUACCACGAGUGGAUAGAAUUUAUAAGCUAUAACACGUUCUGUGCACGAAUUUGCAUUGAUCAGCCAGGUUCGACUCAGUAUUGUGAACAUAUCUACGAUGUGAUGGGUUGCUUAUGGAACAUGCCCGGAAAUUACAGUGAUGGUUUCUCGUCAUGCCAUGGUGAUUCCACUGAACCCAUGGGUCUUUAUGUUGCCAAUGGCACUACGUCCACCUUCCACCAAGGACAACCAACCACACCCCUUGCUCACCCAGCUGGUGCUUCAUCCUCCUGUACCUACUUCGCGUCACUGAACACCAGCAACAAUCCGUCACCUUCUCCCAGCUCGGGCGGACUCAGUACCACCAGUUCAAAUACCAACACGAUCACGACUAAGCCAUCUGUGACGAGCACUGGUUCUACUGGCUCUUCUGCUCGCCCAACUUCGACGAGCAAGGCGGGAGAUGCGCCAGCUCGUUUGGCGGUGAUGUUUGGCUGGGGUACCUUGAUUAGCACUUGCAUGCUAUUCGGCGCAUCGCUUGCUCUCUUGUGA